UGUCUCCCAACAGUAAUUUUUGGGGUUUUGUGCCAGGGAGUUUUAUCCUGCUGGACGGAGAGACCUUCGAGGUGAAAGGAAACUGGGAAAAGGGGGAAAAGGUCCCUUCCCUGGGCUACGACUUCUGGUACCAACCCCGGCACAACGUCCUGCUGAGCACGGAGUGGGGAGUCCCAAAGGCCCUGAGGGAUGGAUUCGACCCCGCUGACGUGGAGAAAGGGCUCUACGGGCGCCACAUCAACGUGUGGGACUGGAGCACCCACAGGCUGCUCCAGGCCCUGGAUUUAGGGAAGGGCUCCAUCCCUCUGGAAAUCCGGUUCCUGCACGAGCCGGCGGCGGGCGAGGGGUUCGUGGGCUGUGCCCUGAGCGGGGCCGUGCAUCGCUUCCACAGGACACAGGUGGGAGCUCUGCAUUCCACAGGGAUGGG